UACGCCGCCCGAUCUAUUCACGCUGUGGCCGUCUGUCGCCGUUUCGAUACCACCUCCGCUUGGACUCUCGGAGUUGAUCCCGAACUUUAUCCUUCUUUUGUUACUUGUUCGGUGGGGAAUUUGUGUACGGAAAGAUGAGAUGCAGAUCAUUUAGGCGAUGGGAGCUUGGGUUCCUUCUUCUCUAUGCCGCUGCCUUUUAUGCCAUAGUCAUUGACCGAUCUUUGCAUCUUUCCAACAAUCACUACGAGAAACUUAGAGGUUUACGCCCUGGUUGGAUAUCUGGUCGUUUAAAUGAUAUCUCUGACGCACAAUGGAGAAAUUUUCGUGAAAACUUGCCUAUUCUUACUGUUGUUUUGGGGUUCUUUACAAUUGUGGCAAACAUCUUAAGGUAUUGGUACAACUUAAAAGGGAGAGGGAUGUCUUUUAUAUGGAUCUUGACAUCAUUGAGUUAUUUAUCAUAUUUACAUGGAGCAUGUGUUGGGUAUAUUAUUUCAAUUGCUUCACUGAACUUUUUCAUGGCGAAGGUCUUUGCUCGUUCCAAGUAUUAUUUAGGCAUGCUUUGGGUAUUUAAUUUAGCUAUCCUCAUAGUCAAUCGUAUCUUUGAAGGCUACUCAUUUUCCUUGUUUGGGCAACAGUUAGCAUUUCUGGACAACUACAGAGGUACAUUUAGGUGGCAUAUAUGUUUCAAUCUAGUUAUCCUACGCAUGAUCAGCUAUGGAUGUGACUAUCAUUGGUCAUACAAAAAGCCCCUUUUUGAUCAAAAGAAACAUAUGCAACGUUGUAAUAUAUGCUCUUCUGGCAAGACAUGUUACUUUUCUCUACAGGAGAGAAGCAUUCAUGGAGACAAGUACUCAUUUAGUAUGUACUUGUGUUAUUUGAUAUAUGCACCACUUUAUAUUGCUGGACCAAUUGUAAGCUUCAAUGCAUUUGCUACACAGAUGGACAUGCCUCAGAAAAACUAUUCACUCGGACAAAUAAUUCGAUAUGGACUGAAAUGGAUUCUUAAUCUUCUUCUUAUGGAAGCAAUGACACAUUUCUUCUACUACAAUGCUUUUGCAGUUAGUGGAUCAUGGAGGCACUUAUCCCCAUUGGAGAUUCUCAUCAUCGGUUAUGGGGUGUUAAACUUUAUGUGGUUGAAAUUCUUUCUGAUUUGGCGUUAUUUUACAUUCUGGUCACUGAUGACAGGCAUUGAGACUCCGGAAAAUAUGCCUAGGUGUAUCAACAAUUGUUAUGAUUUGGAGACCUUCUGGAAAAGCUGGCAUGCAUCAUUCAACAAAUGGCUUGUCAGGUACAUGUAUAUUCCGCUCGGUGGUUCUCAGAGAAAGCUACUCAAUGUGUGGGUUAUUUUUACAUUUGUAGCAGUCUGGCAUGACCUGGAGUGGAAACUUCUUUCUUGGGCAUGGUUAACAUGUAUAUUUUUUGCUCCUGAGAUAUUGAUCAAAUCAUGCAGCAACGCUGUUCAGGUAAGAAGUGCUUUUGGGAUGUGCAUGCAACGUGAACUAAGUGCUAUUGCAGGUGCUGUGACAAUAUCAUGCCUUAUGGUAGCAAAUCUUGCUGGCUUUGUUAUGGGACCAUCAGGAAUAAAAUGGCUGAUUUCUCGGUUGCUUCACAGAGAUGGUAACUUCAAGACCAAUUUCUUUCUAUGUUUCUUAAUCGACUCAUAAUAUUCCUUUCUGCGUUGCACAGAUUUACCUAUUCUAGCGGGCACAUUCACAACUUUUUAUGUAGGAACUAAGCUAAUGUUUCAUAUCCGUGAUGCCAAAAAAUGCAACCAGCUGAAGGAUCACUGAGACUUGAGCUUUUCCACCGGUUGAGGAAACUACGAAACCUCACUCGGUUCAUCCUUUUUUUAAUUUUCCUAACAUCUCAUUGGCAAAGACUAGAAGCAAAAGGAGAUGUUAAAGCAGGCAUUAUCAAGGCAAGUAAUUUCAGGAACAAGAUCUCAUAAGCCUGACACUAAGCUUACAAACUUUGCAGAGUUCUACUGCUGGGGACUAAACAAGACGCGACAACAGGUCUACUCUGUAAAUUUUUAUACUCCAACUGCGUUCAGAUUCCUUUAUGUAAUUUUUGUUAAAAAUAUUCAUCAAGAGUGAUAAAAAGAGAAGAUAAUCUCAUGUCAUCA